AUGAAGUUUAAGAAGUUCAUUACCAUCAUGCAGGCGGCCAUGGGGAUCGUCCCCCUCAACAAACGAGAGCUCCUACCACCUGGGAGGAAACUAUGGAGACCCCCAGGGUGAGUUAAACAGAGGUGUGCAUAUGAGCUUGUAUGCAUGAAAUGAAUGUUUGUCAACUGUCUGUAUGUAGCGUUUGGUGUAUUCAAGUACAAGCAUCUACUGUACCUCUACAAUAUUUUAAUCCUUUGCACAAGUAUUCAAAAUGCGUGUCAACAUUUUGCAAAUGUCGCUAAGCGAAUCACAACCAUGAUUUGUAAUGUAUAUUUCUGCUUUGCUCACCAGAUGGUACUAGCCUACAUGCUACAGCAUGAGCAUGUCUGUUGUCAUUAGUUACUGCUCAGGUCAUAGAUGCUGCACUUUGAUUGUGACUCUGCUAUAGGAGCACAGCAGAUGAAUGAAUGUAGCAGAGAUCCUUCCUGUGAGUAGCAUGGCUCUCCUUAGCUGGACCAGUCCGGCACACAGUCACUCACUGGAUCCAUUAUCAGAUCCACUAUGGAACCAUUCUUUAGUCCAUGGACACUACUGUAAAUAUGGUUGCAAAUAUAAUUUACUAAGUUGUCAAGGAAGGUUUUUGUGUUUGCGUGUUUAUACAGUGGGGGAAAAAAGUAUUUAGUCAGCCACCAAUUGUGCAAGUUCUCCCACUUAAAAAGAUGAGGGAGGCCUGUAAUUUUCAUCAUAGGUACACGUCAACUAUGACAGACAAAAUUAGAUUUUUUUUUCUCCAGAAAAUCACAUUGUAGGAUUUUUAAUGAAUUUAUUUGCAAAUGAUGGUGGAAAAUAAGUAUUUGGUCAAUAACAAACAAGCAAGAUUUCUGGCUCUCACAGACCUGUAACUUCUUCUUUAAGAGGCUCCUCUGUCCUCCACUCGUUACCUGUAUUAAUGGCACCUGUUUGAACUUGUUAUCAGUAUAAAAGACACCUGUCCACAACCUCAAACAGUCACACUCCAAACUCCACUAUGGCCAAGACCAAAGAGCUGUCAAAGGACACCAGAAACAAAAUUGUAGACCUGCACCAGGCUGGGAAGACUGAAUCUGCAAUAGGUAAGCAGCUUGGUUUGAAGAAAUCAACUGUGGGAGCAAUUAUUAGGAAAUGGAAGACAUACAAGACCACUGAUAAUCUCCCUCGAUCUGGGGCUCCACGCAAGAUCUCACCCCGUGGGGUCAAAAUGAUCACAAGAACGGUGAGCAAAAAUCCCAGAACCACACGGGGGGACCUAGUGAAUGACCUGCAGAGAGCUGGGACCAAAGUAACAAAGCCUACCAUCAGUAACACACUACGCCGCCAGGGACUCAAAUCCUGCAGUGCCAGACGUGUCCCCCUGCUUAAGCCAGUACAUGUCCAGGCCCGUCUGAAGUUUGCUAGAGUGCAUUUGGAUGAUCCAGAAGAGGAUUGGGAGAAUGUCAUAUUGUCAGAUGAAACCAAAAUAUAACUUUUUGGUAAAAACUCAACUCGUUGUGUUUGGAGGACAAAGAAUGCUGAGUUGCAUCCAAAGAACACCAUACCUACUGUGAAGCAUGGGGGUGGAAACAUCAUGCUUUGGGGCUGUUUUUCUGCAAAGGGACCAGGACGACUGAUCCGUGUAAAGGAAAGAAUGAAUGGGGCCAUGUAUCGUGAGAUUUUGAGUGAAAACCUCCUUCCAUCAGCAAGGGCAUUGAAGAUGAAAUGUGGCUGGGUCUUUCAGCAUGACAAUGAUCCCAAACACACCGCCCGGGCAACGAAGGAGUGGCUUCGUAAGAAGCAUUUCAAGGUCCUGGAGUGGCCUAGCCAGUCUCCAGAUCUCAACCCCAUAGAAAAUCUUUGGAGGGAGUUGAAAGUCUGUGUUGCCCAGCGACAGCCCCAAAACAUCACUGCUCUAGAGGAGCUCUGCAUGGAGGAAUGGGCCAAAAUACCAGCAACAGUGUGAAAACCUUGUGAAGACUUACAGAAAACGUUUGACCUGUGUCAUUGCCAACAAAUGGUAUAUAACAAAGUAUUGAGAAACUUUUGUUAUUGACCAAAUACUUAUUUUCCACCAUAAUUUGCAAAUAAAUUCAUUAAAAAUCCUACAAUGUGAUUUUCUGGAGAAAAAAAAUCUCAAUUUGUCUGUCAUAGUUGACGUGUACCUAUGAUGAAAAUUACAGGCCUCUCUCAUCUUUUUAAGUGGGAGAACUUGCACAAUUGGUGGCUGACUAAAUACUUUUUUCCCCCACUGUAUUUGUGACCGCUCACCCACUGAGAGGUUUGUGUUGUGGAUGAAUUAUUCAGUAUACACAGCAUUGCUCUUAGUCAUUCUCCCAAGGUACAUGAAUUCCAGUUUGGACAUGAACGUAUUCUCAGUUUGGAGAUUUUCUAAUCGUGUGGGUCUUAUGCUGACAGAAGCUUGUCUAUCGCUUCCCUGCACAGCUAAACAUGGCUAGGGUAUGGGAUUGGGGAGUUCGUUGGAAAGGUAAAGUCAAACAACACAAGCUGAGCAUUUGGUCAAAGAUCACAGCAAGGUCAAUCACUUAUUUAUUUAUUUAUUUAUUUAUUCCUGUUCUGACAUGAGGUCAAAUGGCUGCAGAGCAAAUGUUUGGCUUAAGUGCAACAGAUUACAGCUGCAUUGAGGCCUUAAGUGUGUGUGUGUGUGUGUGUGUGUGUGUUCGCGCACACCUGUCCCUUUUGCGUGUGUUUGUGUUUGUUUGUGUGUAUGGUUGUGACCAGGGCCAGGCAUUGUUUACUAUGCAGUGGACCGUUAAGGAUUGGCGUUUGAACCAAAACCUCUCACCGUUUACUGUUUCACUUCAAUGGCCCUCAGCAUUUUAAUUCUCUAAUGUGGAAUUAAAUUAAUUUCAGACUGUUUCUACUCUUUUCAGCUGAGAUACAGUUUACAUAGGUUACCAAUUACAAUCCCUUAUACAAAGUUGAACUCUAUUCCUAAUGUUGAGUAAUGGUUAACUAAAGCCCUGCUGUCUCUCCCAACAGGGACACACCCAGUACUGACCAGUCCAACACUGAUCUGUUCAGGUCCAGCUGCUCCUGGGAUCGGUUUUACUGGACCAAAGAAGCCCAGUACCUGUGUCUCCGUCGACUCUCUACACCCAGCUACUCUGCUAUUCUGAGGGUACCUCAUCAUUUCUGCCUACUUUGUACAUGUAUUCUUUACUCAUCCUAUUCUGCCCGAAGACAGUGUGUGUGGUUGUACAUGUGAUUUAUACGGUGCCAUGUUGUGGUCUACUCUGAAAACAGGAAAUCCAGAAUGGUUUUGGCUAUGGUUUAAAAAUCAGUUGGAAAAUCUCUGCUGGAUAUCUAUUGCCUUGGAUUGUCCUUCAGUUGUUCAUGUUCCCCAUUCACAAAGUGUAUGUAUCCAAGGCCUUUGUCCCAUAGCCCUAUUUGGAAGUUGCUGAUUCACUCCCCUCCCCCAAUGCAUAUUUAACCAGGAAGAUAGGACUCCUCCAUAGAAGCAGUUUAAAGAGAACUCGGAGGAAGAGAUUCAGGCCAACCAUCACAACAGGUAUUGUUGUGUUACACUGAACAAAAAUAUAAACGCAACAUGUAAAGUGUUGGUCCCAUGUUUCAUGAGCUGAAAAAACGAUCUCAGAAACGAUCGCCACAAGUCUGGCAUUGCAAGCGCCAUGCUCUACCAACUGAGCCACACGGGACCUGUGUAAUGAUCAUGUGGUUUAAUCAUCUUCUUGAUAUGCCACACCUGUCAGGUGGAUGGAUUAUCUUGGCAAAGGAGAAAUGCUCACUAACAGGGAUGUAAACCAAUUUGAGAGAGAUACGCUUUUUUGUGCGUAUGGAAAAUGUCAGAUUUUUUGGGGGGUCAUGGGACCAACCCUUUACAUGUUGUGUUUAUAUUUUUGUUCAGUGUACUUUGAUGCAAUGAUAUGGGGCUACACUUGAUGGCUACAUAACUUGACAGCUCUGAAUCUGAUACUGGACUGACACACACACACACACUGUGACUUGGUAAUGGUAUCUCACAAUUAUACUGUUUUAUUUGAAUGGAUAUUUUUAUUAACAUUAACCUCUUAAGGAUCGGACCCUUUUUUUCCAAUGACAUACCCAAAUCUAACUGCCUGUAGCUCAGGACCUGAAGCAAAGAUAUGCAUAUUCUUGAUACCAUUUGAAAGGAAACAACACUUUGAAGUUUGUGUAAAUGUGAAAUUAAUGUAGGAGAAUAUAACACAUUAGAUCUGGUAAAAGAUAACGCAAACAAAAAAACAUGUUCAAUCAUCUUUUAAAUGCAAGAGAAAGGCUACAAUAUAAUAUUGCAGUUUAGGCGCAAUUUAGAUUUUGGCCACUAGAUGGCAGCAGUGUGUGUGCAAAGUUUCAGAUUGAUCCAGUGAAGCAUUGCAAUACUGGACUAUUUUGUAUCAAGUCUGCCCAAAUGUGCCGAAUUGGUCAAUUGAUACAUUUUCAAGUACAUAACUAUAGAGAACAUACAAAAAUGAUAUGCUAAUACAAAAUGUAAGUUUACACACUCCCAGGAAUGUCAUAUAUGAUGGACCAUUAGCUUAUACACUAACUUUCACACAUCUAGAUGGCCGGGCGGGGUGUGUGUGGAGCCAGAGACGGCAAGGGUUCAAACUGUUGAACCCAGUUCCUACGUUUGAAUAUAAAAAUUGAUUUUAUCAAACAAAACUAUGCUACAUUUUAUCUCUGGGACCCUCAGGAUGACAAAUCAGAGCAAGAUUACUGAAUGUAAGUACAUUAUUUACCUUCAGAGGUGAAUGUAUCAAACCAGUUGCCGUGAUCAGUUUUUUUGUUGUUGUGCACUCUCCUCAAACAAUCUCAUGGCAUUUUUUUUAUUGUAGUCCAUGCUUCCGUUGUGAGAUGGGAAAUACACCUGUCCUUUUUACAAUGUCUGAACUGUACUACUUCCAAUCAUACUGUCCAUUUUGGAACUGACUGGCCCUCCUGCCUCUGUUAAUCUUGGGACACCAUGAACAAAAAUAAUUCAAGUAAUCAAAAGAAAAUACCAUUUUUAAAUAUGCACUAUGCAGAAAUCGCUCGGCCAAUUCCUGGUUGCUAAAAUUAGAAUAGUUAGCCUAAUUUCAGUUUGUGACAAAACAAGCAAGUAUAGUGUAGAGAAUCAUUGUACCAUCUAAACCGCUGUGAAAUGUAUUUUCCAUAACCAAAAAUAUUGUAUUUUCAGCUGUUUGAAGCUGGUGUACAAAACCGAAAGUAAAAGAAGCAAAAACGACAUUUAAGAAUGGGAAACAUAGAAAUUGCGCACAUAGAAGAGCUCUACUGCUUCUGAGACUUGCUUUCAAUGAGAAUGGCAUAUCUAUAACACAAUUUUCUAUGUGAAUUUGGUUGGGCCUCCCAAAAAGUUAGAUAUUGCAGCGUUAAGUAAUCUGGAAGGAUCCAUUUUGGCAAAAAAUUGACAGCAUUCCAAGCAAUAAUGAAUGCAUGUUAUAUUUUGAUGUAAAAAUACAAUUUGCAUUUUAUAUCAGUUAUUUGGUUGUUUGUUGUGUCAUUGGACUGCAAUUGUUAAACUUAUUUUCGAGAUGAAAAUAUUGAGACCACUUAGACUACCCCAUCUUGAAUUGGUCAUUUACAUCCUAAUACUGUCGUCCCUUUCGGCGCUCUCUGACUCACUCAAUUUACUGGGUUGUUUUACUGAUUCUUUAAAAAACAUGAAAAAAAUCUAAACUAUGAUAUUGUAUAGGCUGCAUGUUACUUUUAAGAAUAGUCGUAGCCUAAUUUCCUUUGUUGGAAUCACAAGAAAAGUGGUCUCCGGUUUGAAAGUGCAUGAUGCCCGUAAAUGGAGGGACACUGUUCAGUCUUUGCAGAUAUGAGACACAAUAUUUCAAAGUAAGUAAAACUAACGAUUCUAAGGUACAUUAUAAAUUAUUCAUGAUUGUUUAAUCAUCCUGUUGCAAUGUUAAUUUCGCUGACUUGACGCACACUAGAGCACAAAUAUUUUAUAACGUUUUCAAGACAGUCAUGGGAUCCUUACUGGAAUGUCUCCACCUGCGGCUGCUACAUCGUAUCACGGUGGAAUACAUUCACUCGUAGCAACCAUCAAAAGGCUGUGCCUGUGAGCUGAUAUUCAGUAUGAAGUGAAGAUAUUAGUUCAUGGUGUUUGCCUAUUGUGCAAUGACUUUAAACAAAGUUAUAAUUCAGUAAUAAUUCAUCCACGAUUGGGGUGGAAAUAUUUGGGAGUCAUUAUCCCCUAAAAAAAAUCCUACUAGUGGUUUUAAUGGAUUACUGUAUGUAGAAGUUACCUACCCUGAGGUGAUAUAUAGCGUAGUUCUGAUCCUUUUGUAAUGUUCCAGUGUAUUUAAUAGACAGUGCGUAGUCACUCCAUGUAAUGUGGCUGUACUGCAAGUAGAGGGCGUAUUACUACAAGAGAAUCUAGAGUGGAUUAGAUUGAUGGCUAGGAUUGGUGCCCUUUUAGAUAAAACCAAGUCAUUACUUCCUUCUCUGCCAUAAUGGGUACUAUAGAUUUUCAUUGCUCGAGUUAUAGCUGGCACGUGUGUAACUAAGGCUUUUUACCAUUGUUAAUAUGGUUGCAGUUGUGUGUGUGUGUGUGUGUGUCGGUGUUUACGAUUGAGAGUGCUGCAUGCGUUUUUGUUUUGGCUGAGUGAGAUUAAAGGAUCUGUUCUUCUAAACCACAUCCCAUGAUGAUAGCUUAGUGUUAUUUCAGCCAUUUCAAUGUAGGAAUGGUCAUUCUCAAACUCAUAUGAGAAACUGUGUGUGUUCUUGCGUAAUACUCUCAGGAAGCCAAGACUCAGCCAGCAGCCCUGCCAGUGAACUAA